GGUCGUCAGUUGUGGUUUGCACGCCGUCGCGCGCAGUGAACGGGGUCGAUUCGAUCGCGAAACGAACGCCAUGUGAUCGCGUACGGGCGACCGCGUAAACAGUAAAUAAUAAUACGUACGCUAUAUAGUGUCCGAAAUAUAUUACAAAAAAAUCGUCGUUUCAGAUCGCGUGAUAUAAAAUAUUUUAAUAUUCUUAUCUUUUCGACGUUCCGGUAACAGUAAAUAACAAACUCGUUCGUCUCGUGCACAGUUUUUGAUAAUAAUAAUAAUAUUCUUUGCCGGACGCGGUGGUGCCGGCAGCAACAACGGUCGACGGAUAACCCGCGAAAGUGCGACGAAAUCAAAAAUGUCCCGUGAGCCGGACGGGCGGCGGCGGCGGUGGUGUCCCGGGCUAGCGAUAUCCGCGGUCUUGGCGACUGUCGUCUUGGCGCUCGCCGCGGACGGCCAAAAUGCAGAAAAUGUUUGCGGUCAUCCUCCAGUGCCUGUCAACGCUAAACUCGUCCGAGACGGGGCUAAGGCCACGUUCGUUUGUGACGAUGGUUACAGACUCUUCGGGUCCGAAUCGAUAACUUGUUCCUCAAAUGGUGUUUGGACCGGAGAUCUGCCGUUUUGUGGAACAAACGUGGCUGUGCACAAGCCAACUAACCAGUCGACGACGGCCAGGGGUGGAAAUCCGGGAAACGCCAACGACGGUGACCCGACGACGGUGCACGACGGCCGAAGGUGUACGGAAACGCUUAAGGAACCAUCACCGUGGUGGUCGGUCGACUUGCUGCAACCGUACCCAGUCCGGGCGGUGUCCAUCACGACCAGAGGAUGUUGCGGUCAUCAGCCUUUGCAAGACAUAGAGAUCAGGGUCGGGAAUAGCAGUGCGGAAUUACAAAGGAAUCCACUGUGUUCUUGGUUUCCGGGAACGAUCGAGGAAGGCACAACAAAAAUCCUUAGCUGCGCACGACAAAUCGUCGGACAACAUGUAUUUCUGCAAUUGGUUGGCGUUGAAGGAUCGCUGUCCCUGUGCGAAGUUGAAGUAUAUUCUACUGAAGAAUUUUCUAUCGACCGCUGCGCGCCGGGCAGUUCGUCAGCGCAAACGGACGUAGCCGUUUUCGACAAUAAAUGUUACGAGUUUAAUGUGAAUCGAGGCGCGUCUUUUGUUGAUGCUCGGCAAAAAUGUCAGGCUACGGGCGGCGACAUUGUGCACGGAUUCCGGGGGUCAGCGUCCACAUUUCUGGCCGCAGAGCUUGAGCGACGGAAAUCCCGACUUAAGACCCAGUUGAUCUGGAUCGGAGCGCAAAAAGAACCUGGCCUUACGUCCAGGACGUGGAAAUGGGUCAACGGUGACGUGAUAACGAAACCCACGUGGGGAAAAGAUCAACCAAAUAACUAUAAUGGCGAACAGAAUUGUGUAGUGCUCGACGGAGGCCGCGAAUGGCUGUGGAAUGACGUAGGAUGUAAUUUGGAUUAUUUACAUUGGAUUUGUCAAUAUACACCAACAACCUGUGGGAGUCCUGACAUCAAGGUGAACAGUACAAUUGUGAGCCCGUAUACGUUUAAGGUGUCGUCAGUAAUUGAGUACGUUUGUCCGGAAGGACACUCCACGCAGGGUUCGGCUAAGAGGACGUGCAGCUCUAAUGGGUUUUGGACUGGGACAGCGCCAUCGUGCAAAUACGUCGAUUGUGGACCGUUGAACGGUAUAGAAAAUGGCACCAUAACACUAGAAGACAACGGCAAGACGACGUUCAAAUCAAUCGCCAGAUAUACUUGUAACCAGAAUUACAGUCUGUCGAAUGGUGACGCCAAGAGGACAUGCACUGAAGACGGAAAAUGGAGUGGGCGCACUCCGCAAUGUCUAUUCGACUGGUGUGGAGACCCACCCGAAGUGCAGGGAGCCGCUGUCACCGCUACGGGUCAUAAAGCUGGAUCCGUUGCCGUCUAUUCCUGUCAUCAGGGAUUCGUAGCCGUCGGCGGACAGCAGGAGUUGAAAUGCGGACUAGGAGGUGAAUGGUCUGGCAAACCGUUGGUAUGCCGGUUCGUGGAUUGCGGACCUCCGCAAAUCAUCGAAAACGGACUGGCUUCGCUAGUAAAUGGUACUACAACACACGGUAGUAUCGUAGAGUACACGUGUGAACAAGACUACUGGCUCCAGCCCCACACCAGCCGCCGACAGAUCUGUACUAAAGAAGCAAAAUGGUCCGCUGACCCACCCACGUGCCAACUGAUCACAUGUCAAGAGCCUGAAGUGCCUACCGGAGGUUACGUAGUUGGUUACGAUUUCAAUAUCCACUCAAGCAUCGAAUACCACUGCGACCCGGGUCACAAAUUGAUCGGCACGACCACGUUGCAGUGCAACAACAACGGCGAAUGGAGUGCGACACCGCCUGAAUGUCAAUACAUUGACUGUGGUAAACUCACACCACCAGUUUACGGUACGUUACAUUAUUCCAACGACUCCACACAUCUCGACAGUGAGGUCAAAUAUAGUUGCAGCAAUAACUAUAGAUUGACCGGAACAGCGAUACGACGUUGUCUUGAAAAUCAAGCGUGGAGUGGGACUGCACCGAAAUGCGAAGAAAUAAGAUGCCCUGAACCAAUUUUACCAGAACACAGUGUACUAUCGGUAACGGGUAACGAUCGUUUAUACGGACGAACUUUAAUAAGGACUUCGUCUGAUGCUGUAUCUACAUCUACGUACAAGAUCGGCGCUCUAGUCAAAUACCGCUGUGAACGAGGAUACAAAGUCGUCGGUGAACCGAUAAGCAAUUGCGAUGACACCGGUUCGUGGACAGGUGUAAUACCGCAAUGCCUUUACGUCGACUGUGGAACUCCCGAGAGUAUCGACAAUGGAAAAUUCAAUUUAGUGUCUAACGUUACAUAUUACGGUUCGGCGGUGUUGUAUGAGUGCGAUGAUCACUUUCAACUUGACGGACAUGGCAGAAGACUAUGUCUUGAAAACGGUACAUGGAGUUCAGAAACGCCUAAAUGUCAAGAAAUAAAUUGCGACGAGCUCAAGAGCGAAAAUAGUCUAACCGUCAGGGUAGCAUCGAGAACUGUCGGAGGGAUAGCGGAAUACACAUGUCCACGAGGAUAUUUCACGAUAGACAACACUACGAGACAUUGUUUGCCAAAAGGAUCAUGGAGCGGUAGACCACCAACUUGUCAAAUGGUAGAUUGUAAGCAUCCAGGUCCAAUUGAAAAUGGUAGAGUCAUAAUAAUGAACGAUACCACGACAUACAACAGUGCUGCAGAAUACCACUGUGUACCUCAUUUCCAAAGAAUGGGUCCUUACAUGAGAAAAUGUUUGGACGACGCUCAGUGGUCAGGAGAACAACCAUAUUGCCAACCGAUAGGUGCAGUUAUAAGCGACACUAGAACCUUAGGUCUAGCUGUUACUGUCGGAGGCGGCAUUGUUUUAUUCCUAGUCAUACUACUCGCCUUAAUUUAUUUAAGACUAAAACGGCCGACUCCAGUAAAAAAUACAGAAAACGUCGAAGGAGCAGUACGUAAAGAAGAACAGAAUACGGCAGUCAUGUCAUACGCUUCAUUAAGUGACGUACAGAAUCAUAUCUAUGAUUCGGUAACAGACUACACAUAUGAUGAACCAAACAGCUACUAUGAGCCAUCGCCGGUCUCUAAAGCAAAAUCAGACCAUUCUGGGGCCACUGUAACAAUUAAUGGUGUAGCUAUUCGAUAAUGUUCCAAAUUAAUGGUAUAAGAUAAUUGUAAUAUUUUUUAUUAUUGUAAAUAUAAAUUCAUAUUUAAUGUACAAAGUUAGUAAUACUAUUGAAUUGGUAAAAUAUGUGUAAUACAUUAAAAAAAAAAUGGAGAAUAAAAGAACUCGGGUCGUUUUUGUACCUAUGUAUAAAUUUAAGUUGAUCAAAUAUUAUAUGAAUAAACUUAAAUUAUAUUGUUUAUAAAAA